GGGGAGCGAUGGCGGUGGCGGGUCCCUGUGCGCUGAUAACCAGCUGCGCUGCCACCUUUGCCGGGGAGGAGCUGGUUAAAAGUAUCAUUGGAACAGAAGACCCUGCUGCAGAUGUGUCUACAAGCGGAGGCGUGAGAUUUUACCCCUGGACAAUAGACAAUAAAUAUUAUUCUGCUGAUAUUCACCUGUGUGUGGUACCAAACAAAUAUCUUGUGACAGCAGAAAUUGCUGAAUCUGUCCAGGCGUUCGUGGUUUACUUCGACAGCACAAUAAAAUCUGGUCUUGACAGCGUCUCUACAUGGCUUCCCUUGGCAGAAGAAUGGUUACCAGAGGUUAUGAUCUUGGUGUGUGACAGAGUAUCUGAAAAUGGUGUGAACCGACAAAAAGCUCAAGAGUGGUGCAUCAAACACAGUUUUGAACUGGUGGAACUGAGCCCAGAGGAGCUGCCUGAUGAAGACGAUGACUUUCCAGAGUCCACAGGGGUGAAACGAAUCGUACAAGCCUUGAACGCCAAUGUCUGGUCUAAUGUAGUAAUGAAGAGUGACAGGAAUCAGGGCUUUGGCCUUCUCAGUACACUAGCAGGUGCAAACUGCAGCAUUGGGUCAGAAGAGAACCAAGAUACAAAACCCCAUGCACCAGCAAUGGACAGAGCAGAAUCUCAUUUAGACAACAGAGGAGAUGUAGCUAGCACAAACAACUUGCAGAUUGACAGCAUUGUAGAUCCCAUGUUAGAUAUGGAUAUUCAAGAGCUAGCCAGUCUCACCACAGGAGAAGGAGACCUGGAGAAUUUUGAAAGACUGUUUUCAAAGCUGAAAGAAAUGAAAGACAAGGCAGCAACAUUGCCCCAUGAACAGAGAAAACUACAUGCAGAGAAGGUGGCCAAAGCAUUCUGGAUGGCAAUCGGAGGAGACCGAGAUGAGAUUGAAGGCCUCUCCUCAGAUGAAGAAAACUAAGUUCUCUGUAGCUGUUUGUAGUAGAGCUGAUGCAAUAUCCUAAAA